GGAAGGAACAGUGAAGAGAAAAAAGGUUCCUCCAGAACACGGUCAUGGGGUCCUCCCAGUCAAAACGGGGUGAAUACAAAACUCAGAAGAGCAGCUUACACACAGAUGGAGACAGCAGAAGCUUUCAGCAUGGUGCUUACCAGGCAUCAGAGAGCCAUAGAAGCCUCAUUGAGCCCAAGAAGCUGCCCAACCCGGUAAAGGAGUCCCGGCACCAUCGGGAGUUGCACCGGGAGCUUCUUUUCACACAUAGGAGGGGGCUACUUCCAGAGCACAAACCUGAGCUUCAGAGAGUCCUAGAAGCCAGACGGAUCAGGCAGCUGAAGCAACAGGAAGAGAUCCAAAAGCCCUUGACAGAUUUGGAAGAAGAGCUGAGAAAACGGCAGCAGAAACUUGCCCAGUAUGAACGAGAGAUGACCCUGAAAGGAGAGCAAGAUGGCAGGCCUGAAUUCAUCCUCGUCAAAGAGAGCCUGAAGAAAAUCACACUGACUACUGAAACAGACAUAAGGCAGACAUGA